CUUGUUUGCAUGCGCAUGAAUCCUCAUGUACGAAUGCGAGAUUGGCAAUCAUAGUUCAUUGCAAUGUACUUUUUUGCUAGAGCCGGGGUCUUUCGGAACCAACUCAUCCACAUUCUCUAGGUAGGGGUAAUGUUUGUGUACAUCUACCCUCUCCUGACCCCAUUCGUGGGACAAUAUUGGGUUGUUGUUGUUGCAAUGUACUUUUAUGUUUUGGGUAAUGCACUUUCAUAGAAAGGUUUUGUUUAUUUAGUAGUUUGCCACCAUGUUUUUUAGUCAUCCCUUAAUUUUUAGUGAUUCAGAGCCCUAAAGGACCAUAUUGAUCCCAAAUUUUCAAAUAAGCGGUAAUUCUCAUUUGUUCACACAUCCACACACACACACACACACUCUUCCUCUGUUCCAAUUUAUCUUGCGUGUUUUUCUCUUUCGUCCGUUCCAAUUUGGCAUAAAUGGAAACGCAUGUUGCUUAAUGUUUCUCUCCCCUCUAUACAAAUCUCAUCCACACAGACACAGUUUUCGAUAUAGUCUGUUUGGGAAGGGGGGAAAUGACAUCGGGAAGUCAUUUUCCUAUUUUUUGGUAUUUGGUUUCGGAAAAUAGGGGUCAAUAUAAAUGAUUUAUGAAGUUAACGGAAGAUAACCCUUAUUUGGAGGAGGAAAAUGAUUUUGAUUUUUUUGGUGGAAGACAUUUUCUGCCGUUCUCCAACUUCUUAGAUCCAUACUCAUCACCUUCAAAUAUGUUAUAACAAUAAAAUAAGUUUUUUUUCAUUUUCCAAACUUUCUGCCAAGCACUAGAAAGUAAAUUUAUAUUCCAGAAAUCAUUUUCAGAACUCAUUUUUGGAAGCCGUUUUCCUUCAUUCCAAAUGGACCCUUAAUAAAAAAUGUGCCAGUCAAACUUGGCACAUUGAUUUGGGAUACAGGGAGUAUAUAUCUUUGUAUGUUUCUUAUCUGCUCUUGUUCUUCACAUUUGGGGAAAGUCUUGACUCUGCCUCUUAUUCUUCAAAUUUUGGUCUUUAGAGUUUUACAUUAAUAUAUUAUACAUUGGAAGGACUUUGUAAAUAUAUAAACAUACCUGGAUGAAGUUAUGGACUUAUAUCUGCAAUAUAUAUAAAAAUUAAAAGCUUGAUAAAGCUCAUUAGCCACUCGAGACAUUAAGAUUAUUGGAUUUCGCUUGACUUGUUUCUCUUUACCAUUUUUGGGCUUCACAGGAAGGUAUCUGAAUCAGAUCUGAGUAUUCUUCAACUCUAUUCUGUGUGGCUCACAAUUACUUUGACAUACACCACUUGUAGAGUUGUUGUUUUCAUGUGGUCUCCUUAAACAUAAGAGCAUUUUUUAUUUUGGAAGUUUAUUGAAUUGGUUUGUUUAAACUUUAUUUUUUGUUUAUUUGCAUUUGAUUUUAUUUUCUCCACACUCAUUUUCAAUGUUUCUAAACUGACAAACAAUCUUUCAAAAAUUUGUGAAGGUACAUUUCAGAGGAUACCCUGGAAGCAUUUUAACUCCAUGUGAAGCCGAAGACACUGUGAAAUGGAGUUUUAUAAAUUCUUUAAAGGAGGCAGCAUACAUCAUUAAUGGCAACUGCAAAAACAUCAUGAAUAUGUCUCAAAGUGAUCAAUCAGAACUUUGGCGCUCUGUUUCAAACAGUAAUUUGGAAGCUUUUCUCCGAGUUUCAUCUAAGCUUAAGCUGGGUAUGCACGGAGAUGAUUUUUCAAUUAAGUUGGAUUCUUACAAGUGUAGGCAAAGUAGUAAAAAUGAAGGAGAAGCUCCGGCAGGAGCAGUAAAACCAGGAAGAAUCCCGGUACGUUUGUAUGUUCGGAGCUUGAGUGAGGAUUUUGAUUGUGAAGGCUAUGCACCUGUGGUUGAGAGUUGGGACAAGAUCUCUUACAUCAACCGGCCUGUUGAGAUUUGUGAAGAUGGCAAGUUCUUCACAUUGGGCGAUGCACUAAGAAUGCUACUUCCCGAGUUUUUUGUGGACAAUUCUACCACCAAAGAUGACAUGACCUGCGGAGUGGAAGAAGACGAGGGCAGAAGAUCUACUUCACAAGAGGCAAGCGCCAUGGAAACCAGAGGAGGAGAUUCAUCUGAUAAAAACACAGAAAUCAAACUUGUUCGGGUACAGGGAAUAGAACCGAAGCUGGCGAUCCCUUUUGCGUGGGUGGUGAAAAACUUGGUGAACCCAGAAUACUUUCUCCACAUUUGUGUAUACAUCAAAACUCCAGACCCAAUUCCCAUAUAAUGUGAGCUGAGGGAGAUGAUAUUUUCUUGCUUGAUUUCAUGCCUCUAGCUUUCUUUUGAUGGGAUUUUAGGAGAUUUUCUCUCUAUGUGUGGAGGAGAAUGGGAGAUGGUAUAGUUAGUUCAUUUGCUGUAUAGGGAGUGCUUGGAUUUGUGUACAUAACAUACAUUUAAACAGACUUCUUUUAUUAUUACUUUAAAAAGCUCUUAGUGUUUGUUACAGUAGUUUUUUAAGGUAGAUUAUGAUAAUCUUAAUAGCUGAUUUGUGGUACUCGGUAGAGAGCUUAUCUGAACUCAACUAAAUCAAUUCGAACGCAUAGA